CUGAACACCACGUGACGCCCCGCAUCGGCCAGUUGAUCUAUAUCUACUACCAGAUACUAUAAAGACUGCCAUUGGGGAUAUGGGCUAUCUGGGCUUCUCUAUGAGGCAUUAAAAUGACUUAUGUGAUCUGAAUUUAUAUUGCGGUGUUUAUAUUACGGAGGAUACGCAUUCCCUCAAUGAUCGAUUCUCUCCUUCGCCAUCUUGAAAAUAAAUUCAAGAUUCGCUCUUAUACGAAGACUCGUAUUAUUCAUUCUAUACUUGGUGUUGUGUUUCUAUUUACGUACAUGGUUGGUGUUGUCAAGACAAUUCAUCCUCUAUACAUGUAUGGCCCCAGGCUUCAGGCUUCGAGCAUGGACUGAAUAAAUGUUACGUUGGCAACCUGGAUGACCUCGUAUAUUCAUGAUUCAUCACUUUUAUCAUCAUCACUUUCACCCAGGCUGUACCUGUGAGGCUACAAUUGGUAAAUUGACCUCGAAUGAGAAUAGCGACG